AUGUUCAACAAGCAACGCGGAAAGAGACAAAUCAAUACCUCCCUCGUGGCCUGGCCCACACCCGAACUACCACCCCGACACGGGUGCAUGUCGUGCUGCAAUUCUAGGCGUGUCAUCAUUCGCGAAGAUCCUCACACGGCCUCGUUGUACAUCGCCGAGUACAUCGUCAUCUCGUCAUUCGCCGCCCUCAAUCGACCGUCCACUGACCCCUUUUUUUUUUUUCUUUCAGGCCGUAUCAAAGCUUUCAAGCCCACGGAAAGUCAGCCAUUUGUACUCGGUCUGCCGACGGGCAGCAGCCCCGAGAUCAUUUACAAGCUUCUAGUCCAACGCCAUCGUGCAGGCGAGAUUUCCUUUAAAAAUGUCGUCACUUUCAACAUGGAUGAGUACGUGGGUCUGCCACGCGAUCACCCCGAAUCAUACCACAGCUUCAUGUACAAGCAUUUCUUCUCUCACGUGGACAUUCCUCCUCAAAACAUCAAUAUCCUGGAUGGCAACGCGCCCGAUCUAGCAGCCGAAUGCGCAUCCUUCGAAGCUCGCAUCGCCGGCUACGGUGGAAUCGAGCUCUUCCUCGGGGGUGUCGGACCCGACGGACACAUUGCCUUCAACGAGCCCGGCUCAUCACUCGCCAGUCGCACUCGCGUCAAGACGCUCGCCUACGACACGAUCCUUGCCAACUCGCGCUUCUUCGACAACGACGUGAGCAAGGUGCCCCGCUUGGCCAUGACCGUGGGGAUCCAGACCAUCAUGGACUCUCGGGAGGUGGUGAUUGUCGCGACGGGAGCGCACAAGGCCUUUGCCGUGCAAAAGGGUCUCGAGGACGGAGUCAAUCACAUGUGGACCCUCUCGGCCCUCCAAUUACACCCUCACCCGCUGAUCGUCUGCGAUCGCGAUGCCACACUCGAAUUGAAAGUCAAGACGGUCCGAUACUUCGAGUCGAUUGAGCAGGCAGGCACGGAUGCGCGCACCCAGGGUCCUCCCUUGGUCUAUCGGCCGCGCACAUACGUCCCUGCGCCAGUCUCCGCCGAGAAGAAAAGAGUCUCGCCUCGCUCGGCGCCCGCGCCUGACCGCACGCCCGUCAAAGUGCCCAAAGACCUGCGCAUCAACACGGAUUUCAACCGGACUCUGGACGAAGAUGAAUUGACACCUGAUAGUAUGUCAUCACGGAUGGUGGAUUCGGCCAUUGGCGGGUUGGACGAGACGUUGAAAAAAGACUUGGUCUUUGAUCGGAUGGGGGCUCGUGUCGCUGCGCCGUUGUAG